GCGAAAAGACACCAUCAUUCGCGAUACCAGAACAUCUAUUCUCAAUGAGUGCUAUGCCUAAUGAUUCCACUCAGAAUGGAAAGGGUCUAGAACAGCAGUUUGCUGGGCUAGACUUGAAUGCCGGAGGGCGUGUCAGCCGGGGUCGGGGUGACUAUCACCAAGGCUACCAGAGAAACAAUUACCAAGGCCAACCCCAAGGACAGCGCUAUGUGCCUCCACACAUGCGAAGCCAAGCUGGUGGGCCCCCACCGCAGCCGGACCUGACGGGCUACCCUAGGGGGCCGGGAAGAGGUUGGUUCCCCGCAGAAUGGCUGCCCACGCCAGAUGCUUACCGUGGUGGUUACGGAGGUGGAGGUGGACGGGGAGGAUUCCCACCACAGUUCAAUGGAAUGCUUCCUCCUGGAUACAACCCACAAGCCAUGCCUCCAGGACCACCCCCUAACCAGGGUUCCUAUCAGCCGUACAACAACCGUGGAGGAGCCCCUGGUGGUUACAACAACUACAGAGGCGGCCGUGGUGGUGGCGGACAGUACCGGGGAAACAAUCGCUCUUAUGACAACAACCGCUGGGGCGGAAAUGAUGGACAGCGCUGGAACGACAACCGCUCCCAGGGAGGAAGCCGCUGGGACAACCUAGAUGAUGACAGAGACAUGCGUCGUGGCGGCGGCGGGGGUGGUGGAGGAGGUUGGGGUGGCAGCAACCGCUGGGACAGGAACGACCGUGGUUGGAAGGAUGAGCCUGUAGCUAACGAUGUGGACUGGUCAGUGCCCCUGCAGCGAAACGAGAGAAUGGAACAAGACCUGUUUGGAGGCGGUAACACCGGCAUUAACUUUGACAAAUAUGAGGACAUCCCUGUGGAGGCUUCUGGAGAUAACUGCCCUGAACAUAUUGAUGAUUUCCACCAGCUGAACUCUUUGGGAGAAAUCAUUCGCAACAAUAUUAUCCUGAGCAAGUACGAGAAGCCAACACCAGUACAGAAGUACGCUAUUCCCAUUGUGCUGGGCAAGAGGGACUUGAUGGCCUGCGCCCAAACAGGUUCUGGUAAAACUGCAGCUUUCCUUGUCCCAAUCCUGAACCAGAUCUAUGAAAAUGGCCCCCCUGAUGUGCAGAACCAGGGUCGCACGUCUGGUCGGCGUAAGCAGUUUCCUCUGGCUCUUGUUUUGGCCCCCACCCGAGAACUUGCCUCGCAGAUCUAUGAUGAAGCCAGAAAGUUUGCGUACCGGUCCCAUGUUCGGCCGAGCGUGGUGUAUGGCGGAGCAGACAUCGGAGGUCAGAUGCGUGACCUUGAUCGGGGAUGUCAUCUGCUGGUUGCCACACCAGGCCGACUUGUGGACAUGAUUGAGAGGGGAAAGAUUGGACUCGACCACUGCAAGUAUUUGGUGUUGGAUGAGGCCGAUCGUAUGUUGGACAUGGGAUUUGAGCCACAGAUCCGCCGCAUCGUAGAGAAGGACACCAUGCCGCCCUGUGGAAAGCGACAAACCCUCAUGUUCAGCGCCACCUUCCCCAAGGAAAUCCAGAUCCUGGCUCGUGACUUCCUGGAUAACUACAUCUUUCUGGCGGUUGGCCGUGUAGGCAGCACAAGCGAGAACAUCACCCAGAAAGUGGUGUGGGUGGAAGAGAGUGAGAAACGCUCCUUCCUGCUCGAUCUUCUCAAUGCCUCUGGCCCAGAGUCCUUAACUCUGGUGUUUGUGGAAACCAAGAAAGGCGCCGAUGCCCUCGAGCACUUCCUGGCUGGUGAAGGAUACCCAGCGACCAGUAUCCAUGGCGACCGUUCCCAGCGCGAGAGAGAGGAUGCUCUUCGCUCGUUCAGAACUGGGAUGACCCCAAUCCUGGUGGCUACAGCUGUGGCUGCCCGAGGUCUGGAUAUCAGUAAUGUGCGUCAUGUCAUCAACUUUGAUCUUCCCAGUGACAUUGAGGAGUACGUCCACCGAAUCGGCAGAACUGGACGCGUGGGCAAUCUUGGUCUUGCAACAUCUUUCUUCAACGAGAAGAACAAGAACGUGGUGCGUGACCUGCUAGAGCUGCUAGUAGAGGCCAAACAGGAAGUGCCGUCUUGGCUGGAAUCUAUGGCAUACGAGGCUCGCCACUCGAGUGGACCAAACCGCCGAGGUGGUGCAAGACGAUUUGGAGGAUCUGGAUUUGGAGCUCGUGAUUAUCGGCAGAACACUCGAGGAGCUAAGCACGGUGGAAUGGCCCAACCUUACGGCUCCAUGCCCUACAACAACUUCACCCAGUACCAGAACUAUGGUGGCUCGUACGGUGGCGCCUACACCCAGCAGCCGGUCGACUGGUUUGGGAACUAAGAUGUCGUCGCUGUACGCUAUGGUUUUUUCCUCUCUUUAUCCAAGUUCUUUAUUCACUAAAAUACAACCACAUAAUUGCAGAUGUUCACUUUCUUUUUGUUUUUAUUUUUUUUUUUUCGCUUUGUUAGCAUUGCUUCCACCAUGUCCAGGGUAACAUCAAUGUAGAACCAGAAUCUGUUUAAAACGUUAACAACAAGGAAAAUUAUGGAACUGAUAAUUUUUCUCCUGUGUGGGUUUAAGAUGUGUACUGCUGUUUUUGCUCCUGUUAUGCAUAUUCAGGGAUUUUCUUUUUCUUUUUAUUUUAAUCAGAUUUAAAAUGAAAUGGCUAACUUCGAACAUGAGCUGGCAAUUUUGUAGUUUGUAAACCAGAUACCUGCAGAUUGGAUAAAUCAAAAAUUUUUUGCCAGUUUCUUUCAAUUUUCAACCACUCCUUGACUUCCCUUUUCUCAACGUGACAUUUACAUGUUAAACACAUUGUAGGACAACUCUGAUAUAGUUGUACUCUUUAUGAUAAUCAAGUGUGCAACCACAUUGAAUUAUGCAAUGGCCUUUAAGUCAAACUAGAGGUGUUGCUUCUUGUAGCCCCUUUUGGGUUACAGUAUUGCCCAAAGGCUGUUGAACUCUUUGGGGGGAAAGAGAACUGUUUCUCUUAGAUAUUGUGUACUUCCCUCAACUGCCAAGGAUUAUUCACUGAGGUGAGCAUACUUCGGUGCCCAAUGCCUGCCUCUCUCUAUCCAUUGAUACGAGGAAAAAACAAGCAAUCCCUUGUUGGGAAUGCUUAGUAUAGUGAAUGACAGAUGUAUAGGAUUGAGUAGGUGAUAACACGUGUAGAUUUCCUUGUGAACGUGUGAUAUAAAUGUUUGUACAAAUGGUUUUUGUACAACGUGAACAAUUGAAAGGACCAAAAAAUUACUUUUUUUUUUUUUCAUGAAAAAUAACGAUUGUACCACAUUGUUCUUGCAUUUGUAAUCUGCCAGGGGACAUCCCCAUAUGUUGGGGAUCUUCUGUAAAGUACAGAUUUACCACGCACAAACUCCUGUGUGACAAGUUUGAGCCUCAUUGAUCUUUAAGGAAUCUCCCUUAUUAUCCAUUUUCUACCUUGUAUGCCAUGUUACAAAUCUGUUGCUCAGCAGAAAGGAGAGGCUGGCCUUAAGGCCUGUCUGUCCGUGUGUCUGCGUGUGUGUCCAUUGCAUUGUAUGAAACAAUUUCAUGUGCCAAAGAUCCUUUUUGACCAAUUGUUGCAGUGGAUUUUUUUUUUUUUUUGUUAGAGGCAGCAGUAUUCUUGACUUUUGUCACAUGAUUGGGGGGUUUUCAUCAUGUGACUACGGUCUGUUCUUGAGGGGAACCCUCGGAGGUUUUUUUUUUCUCUUGGACAACAAAUGUGACUUCGUUGUAGUUGGCUGUUCACCACCUUGUGACUGCUGCUUCUUCACAAUUGGCCGAUUGGCUCGAUAUUAACCCCACAUGAUGCGUUUCUGAGUGCAAUUCCAAAAUUUAACCAUGGUCAUUUGCUGCUUAUUUAAAUUUUUUUUUUUUUUUUGAUAAAUGUGCUCAUAUCUUUUUAUUUGUUGAUAAUUCAACAAGUCUGCGACGCGCACCACUCACACUGUAAAACAAAAUUUUAUACUCCUAACAGCUGAAGGGCCAUGUUAAGAGGUUGUGGCCGUGUUUUGUUUUUUUUUUUGUUCUUUGUUCGAGCAGUUGCCGUUCUCUGUAUGUGCUUGUGUCCGCGUGUGAAUGUAAUGCUCUGUGUAAUUUAAUCUGGUUCUACAGACAAUGUUUCCCUGCACCCAGUGCCUGCCAGACAAUUUGUUAGUAUGUACCCAUCUCUGUGGUUUAGUUAUACAUGUAUAAUAUUUCUGUGUACUACAUUAGUAAUGUAUAAUGCCGUCCUAUGAAAGCUAGCUUUUUCUACCAUCUAUUUUGUAUGUGUGCUUGGGUGGUGUGAUCGGAUGCGUGGGCGGGGUCUGACUGUCCCUCCCGCCAUCCCUUAAGUAUGUAUUGCCCUAAGAACAAGGGUGCGUUGCGACGUAGUAGAUAGUGAGGUGCUCAGUGAGGCCCCUGCAUAUGUACCAGUAUAUCUUGUAUGCAUAUGUAAUCAUGUAUGUAUUUUGCCGCUGGGCACUUGAUGUGUAUUAGAUAUAUCGCACACAGCUUAAUGUGGACUUAAUAAAAACAUCAACUCAGUUUGGUGACCUGCCUGACGUGGCCAGACCUAAGGACUGAACCUUUUUUCUAGCCAAAGAUGCGAUGGGAUUUUUAUACUUGCCUUGUUGUGAUAAAUGACACUUCUUUCGCUGGCCGCAAUGCGCGUCGUCGCCAAGCGAGAAGUGAACGAAAGAAUGGUGUCGAUCAAACGUAUCAAUUGUGUUUUUUUUACCUGAUGACGAAUGGACAUAUCGGGUCAAGAUUCAAACUAUGUGCUAAAUGACCUCAUCUCAAACUUGUUUAAAGGAAAAUUAAAAGAAAACACCAGUCUUUUGUCUCCAGGUACUAAGUGUCAAAGAAAGUGCCUGUUAGCAUGUCUGCUGACACACUUUGAAGAUAAGGCAUUGCCCCAUGAACACUUGUCAUUCGUGUUCUUGGGGGGAAAAAAGAGGGAAAAUUAUUACUCUCUCAUGUAUGGUAUAAUGAUUUUUCGUUUCCUGAUACAAAUAUUUUGUGAGAAUUCUUUUCUCAAUGGAUUUCUGUAUUUGCCGUUACACUGUUCUCAUUAUUUUCUUUUUUUGGAAGUAUUGCUAAAAGUUGACACACCUGAUGUCUAUAUAGAGUUGUGUAGGUUUUAUUUAGUCGGUAGACUGUUGACAGGGUUAUCAUGUUUUAAUACUGUACACUCAUUUCAUUAUUUUAUGCUGGAGUCCAAAGUGGUUUAGACUGAUGUCUCCAUACAACAUUAGAAAGUUACUAAUCUUUUGUUUUUUUUUUCCUCCCUUUUAAUGGUUAAUUAAAUCUUAUUGUAAAAAGAAUAAAAAAUUAUGUUUACCCUAUGGGUAAGAUUUUGUAAUACUUGCUUGAUCAUACCUACAGUGAAAAACCAUCACUUUCCUAAGCUUGUUUGCUUGUUAAGGUUUUUAAGUGCUGCAGAUGAGGCAAGUGAUGAUGUUGCACAUACCGUCGUCCCAUUGGUUUGCAGAGGCAACAUGCCCGGGAGAGUCUGUUAAGGUACAUUUUUCCCUUAGCAGGAUUUU